AUGAAAGAAUUUCCAAUAGAUAUGCAACUUCGUCAUUUACAAAGAUUAAAAUCCCUACAGAAGUUGAAAAUAUCUAGGUCAGGAUACAUUGUACAAAGUAAAAUUUAUGAUUCACCUAAGCAAGCACAACUAUUUGCCAAGCGGACAACACUGACAAGAUUAUUCACCAAGCAGCAUGAUCCAGAACUUCCUCACCAAUUAGAACUUCCUUCAUCGUUGCAAAAACUAGAGCUUGAGUGUUUCCUUGAGAUAACUACACCCAGUUGGUUGUGGGUUGACAAUUUGAAGAACUUGAAGAAACUUUAUAUCAAAGGAGGACUAUUGUGUAAUAUGGACGAAAUAGUAGCUAUGACAGUUGAAAUUUUACAAUUGAAGUACUUGACUAACUUAGAGAUGCCUUGGAAAGACGUUAUGAUGUUAUUUCCCAAUUUGAUUUACUUGGAGAAAGUAGAAUGUCCCGACCUUAAUUCCUUCCUGUGUGAUCAGAAUGGUGUUUGGAUGAGCAAACACAACAUCAAGAAAUAG